AUGCUUAAAAAGAAGACCCUGCAUCCUCCCAUACUCUUCCGACACCAUACUCCCAGUACCACCCCUGAGCUUUCUCCCACGUCUUCCUCAUCGGACAGCGAGUCGGACGAGGACAUGGACUCCUCCGGUUCGCGUCCGCUGAGUUUGACGGUUCCUCCGGGUGCUUUCUGUCCCAUGCGUCCCUCAUUAGAUGAGGUGCUGGCCAACACUGCACCUGCCCCGUACACCCUUAGUGCCUUUAUGGCCUAUCUCUCGCAGAACCACUGUCUGGAGACCCUGGAAUUCACUCUGGAGGCCAAGCGGUACCGAGAAACAUACGAUGCCCUGAGCCGCCAGCUGAAUGAAUCGCCCAUCGUCACCGACUGCACCGGCAGCCAGCAUCUGCGUAUGCUGUGGCAGCGACUGUUGACCGCUUACAUUCUGCCCGGAUCUCCACGAGAGAUCAACGUCUCCAGCGAGGUCCGCGAUGACAUCCUUCGACACGCCAAUCUCCCUAACCCGCCGCUUCCCGAAACCCUGGACGCUGCCGUAAAACUCGUCCAUGAUCUAAUGGAGGAGUCGAUCUUUCUGCCGUUUCUUAACUCGCAUGCUUCGACCGCUCACGUUCUGCCGCUAUCGGAGCCGCUGUUUUCUCAGGAGGACGAUAUCACCGUCGUAUCGAACUCCAGCUUCGACGAGCACACGGCCAGUCGGGGCCGAUCGAAGAGGAGACGGCAGUCUCCCCAGUCUUCCAAGGAUCUGGGAUCGCCGGUGUCCGUCGGUUCUCCGCCUAGCCGCUCGAACUUCUCCUUGAGUGCAAUGACUUCCAUGGGUAAGGUCGGCCAUCGGACUUUGGGACAGGUCUCCAACGCCAGCGGAGAUUCCGGGUCUGGGGCGUUGACUGAUGACUCUGGAAGCUUGCAAUCGAGUGCCAGUGCAGGCGAACCAAUGACACCGCCGACUACGCCGCCCUCCAGCGAUCCUCACUGCAUGCACCUGGCCCACAGCCCGAAGCGCACCGACAACCCAUGGAAAAAGAUGGGACUGAAGUUGGGCUUCAAAAAGCGCUCGGGCCACGGAGGCUCUGGCAACCAACAUUUCAAGUUGUCUGGCAUGGACGAAUGA